AUGGCUUACGAAGAACUAUAUAGAGAAUUCAACGACACUGUACCAUUCCAACCAAUUUUCCAAUUGGCUACUCAACCUAAAUUUGCCAUUAUUGCAUCCAUCAUUUCCUUACUUCUAAUAACUUUAAGUUUAUCAGUUUCAUCUUCUGAAAAACAUUUCAUGACAAAAUUAAUAUUCUGUGCAACAAUAAAUAUAAUGGCAAGUGGGUUUGUCGGUAUUGCAGCCGUUUUCGCUGCCAAUUCAUUUGGUGUUUAUGUCUAA